GCUGCGCGAGGGCCGGAGCGGAGCGGCGCCACCACCGCCGCCGCCGCCGCACGCGCAAACUUGGGCUCGCGCUUCCUGGCCCGGCGCGGAGCCCGGGGCGCCCGGAGCCCCGCCAUGUCGCGAUCUAACCGGCAGAAGGAGUACAAAUGCGGGGACCUGGUGUUCGCCAAGAUGAAGGGCUAUCCACACUGGCCGGCCCGGAUUGAUGAGAUGCCUGAGGCUGCGGUGAAAUCAACAGCCAACAAAUACCAAGUCUUUUUUUUUGGGACCCAUGAGACGGCAUUCCUGGGCCCCAAAGACCUCUUCCCUUACGAGGAGUCCAAGGAGAAGUUUGGCAAGCCCAACAAGAGGAAAGGGUUCAGCGAGGGGCUGUGGGAGAUCGAGAACAACCCUACUGUCAAGGCUUCAGGCUACCAGUCCUCCCAGAAAAAGAGCCGUGUGGAAGAGCCUGAUCCAGAGCCAGAGGCCACCGAGGGUGAUGGUGAUAAGAAGGGCAAUGCUGAGGGUAGCAGUGAUGAGGAAGGGAAGCUGGUCAUUGAUGAGCCAACUAAGGAGAAGAAUGAGAAGGGAGCGCUGAAGAGGAGAGCCGGCGACCUGCUGGAGGACUCCCCUAAACGUCUCAAGGAGACAGAAGACCCUGAAGGUGAGGAGAAGGAAGCAGCCACCUUAGAGGGAGAGAGGCCCCUUCCAGUGGAGGUAGAGAAGAACAGCACCCCGUCUGAACCGAGCUCUGGCCGGGGACCUCCUCCAGGGGAAGAGGCAGAGGAGGAAGAGGCCACCAAGAAAGAUGCUGAGGCCCAGGGCAUCAGAGAUCAUGAGAGCCUGUAGCCACCAAUGUUUCAAGAGGAGCCCCUACCCCGUUCCUGCUGCUGUCUGGGUGCUACUGGGGAAACUGGCCAUGGCCUGCAAACUAAGAACCCUUUUCCCAUCCAUCCCGCUCUCCUCCUCUGUUCACUCUCCCCACUUUGAAAUCCAGCCCCCUGGAGAUUGAUCUGGGCCUCACUUCCAGGUCCCUACACCCUUGUGUGAUAUGAGUCAGGGCAAGUCUUCUGCUUUUGGGGAUGAGAUGAGGCCAUUGUGUCCCUUCCUGCUUGAAGCUGUUUUCCAGAGCUUCUCUCUGACACUCCCCCUCCUCCACCAGUCAUUCUGGACCCCUGGGUUGUGAUUGGGUAGGAGUGGGAAGGAUGGAGUGCAAACAGUAGAGUGGUUUUCUGGGUUUGAGAGGGGCAGUUCUCAAAUUGUAGAAGGAGGACAGAAGGGUAGCAUCUCUUGAGCACCUGUCUCUUACUUCCACAUCUAUUUCCCAGUUGACUAGAUUCAUGGAAAGUAGGACAGUUUGUGGAGGAGGGGGCUCCCUUCCAUAUAUACUUGGUGAUUGGUAACACCCAUUCUUUUCCUUACCUUGGGAAAUGCUGUUUAUCAUCAAAAGACUUCGGGGCUUUCAAGUUGUUCGGGCCAAGGACCUGAGAUCUGAGAGUUGACAUCACCCAUCUGGGUGAGAGUGUUAAGCCUCUGUCUCUGAGGCCAAAGAUGGCAUCACCUAGGGAGACCUGACCUCUAGCUGCCCUAGUCCUUCUUCCCACAGUGUUCAAGGCCAGCCUAAAAGUCAUAUAUACAUAUAUAUAUAUACACACACAUAUAUACAUAUAUAUAUAU